CUAGAUAAGGGUAGCUCACUAGCGCGAUUCGUCGGUAAAAAAGCUAUUGAUAAUAAACCUAUUUCAGACAUGGCGGACAACGAGAAACUGGACAACCAGCGGUUGAAGAAUUUCAAGAACAAGGGCCGUGAUUUGGAGACUAUGAGAAGACAAAGGACUGAAGUCGUUGUGGAACUGCGAAAGAACAAACGAGAUGAACACCUUCUAAAAAGGAGAAAUGUUCCUCACGAGGACAUCUGUGAGGACUCUGAUGCUGAUGGAGAUUUCCGAUCGCAAAACACCUCUCUUGAAGCAAUAGUACAAAAUGCCACCAGUGAUAACCAGGGUGUGCAGCUGAGUGCAGUCCAGGCUGCCAGGAAGUUGUUAUCCAGUGACCGGAACCCCCCCAUAGAUGACCUCAUCAAGUCCGGGAUCCUGCCGAUCCUCGUGCACUGUCUGGACAGAGAUGACAACCCCUCCCUCCAGUUCGAGGCUGCCUGGGCGCUGACCAACAUCGCGUCGGGGACCUCCGAGCAGACCCAGGCCGUGGUCCAGUCCAACGCUGUGCCUCUGUUCCUGAGGCUGCUCCACUCCACCCACCAGAACGUGUGCGAGCAGGCCGUCUGGGCCCUGGGGAACAUCAUCGGUGACGGCCCGCAGUGCAGAGACUACGUCAUCAGCCUGGGCGUGGUCAAGCCCCUUCUGUCCUUCAUCAGCCCCUCCAUCCCCAUCACCUUCCUCCGCAACGUCACCUGGGUCAUGGUGAACCUCUGCCGCCACAAGGACCCGCCUCCCCCCAUGGAGACCAUCCAGGAGAUUCUCCCGGCGCUGUGCGUGCUGAUCCACCACACCGAUGUCAGUAUCCUGGUCGACACGGUGUGGGCCCUGUCCUACCUGACGGACGCCGGCAACGAGCAGAUCCAGAUGGUCAUCGACUCGGGCAUCGUGCCCCACCUGGUGCCUCUGCUCAGCCACCAAGAGGUCAAAGUUCAGACGGCGGCGCUGCGGGCCGUGGGGAACAUCGUGACGGGAACAGACGAGCAGACCCAGGUGGUCCUGAACUGUGACGCCCUGAGCCACUUCCCCUCCCUGCUGACGCACCCCAAGGAGAAGAUCAACAAGGAGGCGGUGUGGUUCCUGUCAAACAUCACGGCGGGAAACCAGCAGCAGGUGCAGGCGGUCAUCGACGCCAAGCUGGUGGCCAUGAUCAUUCACCUGCUGGACAAGGGGGACUUCGGCACCCAGAAGGAGGCUGCCUGGGCCAUCAGCAACCUGACCAUCAGCGGGAGGAAGGACCAGGUGGCCCACCUGAUCGAGAAGCAGGUCAUCCCGCCGUUCUGCAACCUGCUGACGGUGAAGGACGCCCAGGUGGUGCAGGUGGUGCUCGACGGCCUCAGCAACAUCCUCAAGAUGGCCGACGACGAGGCGGAGACCAUCGCCAACCUCAUCGAAGAGUGUGGAGGUUUGGAGAAGGUGGAGCAGCUGCAGAACCAUGAAAAUGAAGACAUCUACAAGCUGGCCUAUGAAAUCAUCGACCAGUUCUUCUCUUCUGAUGAUAUCGACGAGGACAACGCGCUGGUCCCGGAGGCCAUCCAGGGGGGCACCUACGGCUUCAACUCCUCCACCAACGUGCCCGCAGAGGGGUUCCAGUUCUAGAGGGCUUUCUCCGGGGUACUCUGGAGCUUUGUUUGCGACGCAGCACUCUGUUCAACAUAAAAAAAAAUUAGAGAGAAAGAGCGAGAAAGAGUGCGAGAGUGUGAAAGAAUUAGAUCCAUUGUGCUUGGCUCGCGGGAUCCAUGGCAGCAUCUUUAUCCGAAGGAGGAAGAAAGUGCGGAUUUCAUUUGGCGUCCAGGGUGGCGUGGCCGCGGGCGGGCUGAGUCGGCGAGUGGGUGCGAAUGAGAAUGAGUGGCUACAUGUUGCAAAAAAACAUCUCCAUCGAAACGCGUGGGCGGGACGCGCCGACGACCACGGCCGCCGCGUAACCGGCGCCGUCGGCGACCACCACACAAAAACCCAACGGGAAACUUACCUUCAAACCAGAACAAAAACACGAGCGGCGCGACGUUCCGCCCGGAGAACCACGGACACAAAAUCAUAAUCCGGCGAUUCCAACACACAGAUAACGGCGGGACUCGACCACGACAACAACACACAAAAAGCGGUAAUUAUGAACCGAGAUGAACCAUAGCGCAAUUUCUGCGGUCCUCCGACCAGGUGGGGGCGCCGCCCUCGCAGCCCCCCCACCCCCACCGCCCCCCCCCCCCCCAAUCGGCGACGCUAUCAGACAUGUGUGUGAAUGGACCCAUUGUGUCUGAAUGUCUGGACUCAGUGCUUGGAGCCAGGUUCAUCUUCUCCAACAAGAGGCCCCCCUCCCUCCCCCCCGCCAGGUGGGUGGGGCCGCGAGUCCAGCAGUGCUGCAAGAGAAUGGACGUGUGUGUGUGUGUGCGUGCGUGGCGCGUGUGUGUGCGUGCGUGUGUGACAUGAUGGGAGCCCAUGCUGAGAGCGAGAGAAAGGUGUUUGUGUGCGUGCACGUGUGUGUGAGGGGGGGGGGGGGGGUGAAUGCAGAUACUAAUCAAACAACUGAAGAGAAACAAAAACCAAGAAGAGGAUUGUCACGAGAGAAGAGUUGCCUUUUGCGAGAGGCGCAGAUCUACACAUCGCGGACGGACGGGCUGCGGAUAUAUAUAAAGAAAAACACAACAAAAAAGUCAUCACACAGAUAUUUUUUUGUUUGAUUUAUUAAGUUAGUAUUAAUUAACACUGGACGAUGCUCCGUCCCGGGGUGGGGCGGUGGUGCGUUGUGCUACGACGCACCUGGCGGCGUUUGGGCUUUCGUUUGGCCUCCAGUGUGUUCCUUUUUAUUAUGUGAUUUAUUCUUUUUAUUUUCAGCUUUUAGUUUCAUUGCUUGUGUAACGGUGACCGGUGAGGGAACCCCCGUCACUCCCCCCCAGCCCCCCCCCAAGCCCCCACCCACCACCACAUCGCUAACCCCCUGCUCUGAGACUGAGAGAGAUCCAUCAUGCAUCAUAUUCAACCGGACGACUGCAACCUGCCCCCUUGAGAACCCUUCUGUCGUUUCGUUCCUUCGUCCUGUUGCCAUAGAUCCCCCCCCCUCCCCCCCGGGACAUUACAACUAAUGGCCAUUUUAUGUAGGUUUUGUGAUUCCUAACCUUUUUUUUUUUUUUGCAUGUACCUAACUAUAGCACAGUUGUUUUUUUAGGGUCUUUUAGUUUCCUUAGGCUGUGUACACAAUGUAAUUUUGAUUUUUAAGUCAAACUGUGCUGUUGAAACGUUACAUGUCUCCCCCCCCCUCCCCUCGACUCCCUACUCAACAGAAGCUCCAUCGUUUUGCACAUACUCUGCAAAGUAAUGUCUGUGGGUCGAUGUGAUGGUUCCACAGGUUCUCCCGCCGGCGAUCCAGAGCCCCCUCCCACACGGUCCUCUCUCUGUCCGUGCGUUUUUAGGGAGACGUAGAGAAAAAAAAAAAAGAUUGACACUGUUUUUGUUUUCCAGAAGCGGUGAUAUGGUAUCUGCUUCUAUCAGCUCAACUAAAAGGGGAUGCAACCCCACCCCCCCCCCCCCCCCGUUUGCUCAAGGGUUAAAGGUGCCCUGUGUGUCAAAAUGGAGCUAUCCUUCGUUUCUCUUUUAAAAAAAAAAGGCCCAUUGAAAGUUACCUUGCGACCCCCCCCCCCCCCCCCCCCCCUCCCCCAAGCCCCCUCUUCUAUACCUUAGGGGUAAAGCGAACCUCCCCAUCUUAUUUGUGUUGAGAAACACUGUAGUGAAAAGGUAAACCUUGUGGUCAUAAACUUCUGUUGAACCUAGGGUCUUUUUUUGCAGCAUUCCUUGUUGGCAAAAAAAAAUGUGGUUUCAAAUCUAAAUUUAUGACAUGGUAGAAAAAAAGGUGGGGCUCGAUUUGUCGGGAGAUGGGCUGCUACGUGAUAGGUUGUCUAAGAGAAAAUAAAUAGUGAAACCCAAACUCAA